AGAAAGAAUGUCAUUAUAAAUUAAGAGUUCAAGAAAACCUUCUUAGAUCAGUCAACUGAGAAUCCAAAUUAUUUACAGGAAAUUGGAUACAUGAUGAGCCUCUAUUGUAAAAGCGACAUAAGCUUCAUUACAGGUGGUACUAUGUGCUGUGCCUUAUGGGAGAGAGCGAAGCCUGACAGACAGUGGAGCAUGGCACGUGUUUCCCACUCUGGAGCAGCUGUGAAAGUGCUAGGACCCACAAUACCAGAUGAGCAACAGCCUCAGACUUUAGACUUUUCAGGAAAUGCUCUUGUGAUGAUGCUGUUGAUGGCUUGCAUUUGGCAACCUUCAACUUACUGGCAGGCGAGAGUAAACACCCAUUGCUGACACCUUGCAUAGUUUCAAGUUGCCUUUCAUUAGGGCCAGGUUUUAGAAGGCUGGUCUGCACUCAUUGACCAUCUGGGCCAUGUUACUGCUUGUCAAAGUUCAGCUGGGGACAGGCAAAGAUUUAUAGCACUACUGUGCGUGAACCCACACUGUACUCAGCAUUAAAGGAUCAGUGUCUCAUGUGCAGUGCAGUUUAGGUAGAAGCUAGGCUUAAUCUGUUCAUUAGACAAACAAACAAAAAACACGCUGAUGACGCCUAGGUGCCAAAACAUUUCCAUUUUAUCUGCGAGUCUAAUGAAUACAUUGCAGAUUAUGCAAGUACUGUCUGACUGUUAACUCACCAUUAAUCUGUUCAUUGCAAUCCACUUUACUAUGCUUUAAUCUGUGCAUUGCACUCCAGUUUACGAAGAAACUAGGCUUAAUCUGCAUUGCAAUCCGGCCUCUCUAUGCAACAGGGGAUCUUCAGACACAGGAUUUGAGGAAGUAUGUCAGAAUCCAUGACAUGGUUUUGAGCAUGUCCAAUUUUGUAUGCAUUUUCAAAAGCAGGUUGGAAAGCUGUUGGAUAAAAAGAUGUUUUUGAUAGCCUUCUUUUUUUUGAGUAUAUAUAAACAUGUAAUUUCAAGUUAAUUACAUCUGCUGUAUCUUGAAUGUAAAGUGAGUGACAAUAUAUGAAUUACAACAAAAUUACACUAUUUAACUAAACGUGACCUUAUUGGUAUUAGCUCUGAGCUCAGGAGACAAAAUCUUGUUUUUUGUUCCUCUUCUGGUCUUCUUCUUUUGUCGUGUUGUUCUUCUUGUUUUGUUCUUCUUCUUGAAAGGCACUUUUAACAAAGGUGUAGGAAGUAAUUUACAGAAAAUAGGCGAAAUACAACAGAAUACAGACAGGAGAGUUAUAAUAAAAACAGGAGAAUUUUAAUUUUAAAGAAACUGCAAUCAAAAUAAAAUUCAUACAUGAAAUUGUCAUGGGCAUGGAACGUGCAGGAAAUAAGAAGAAAGCGAAAGAAAGCACUCUCCAACUGAAGAGUUUAAUGAAACGAACAAUAAUGAAACCAAAUAUAAAUGUGCACCAACAGGAACAAAAGAAGCCACCAUAACAUUCAAUGGACCCCCAGUUGUGGAGAAUCAGGCCCAUAACUAGACUUUUUUUAUAUUCCAGACCCAAUACAUAAAGCAAUGAAAUGAUAAAAGCUAUGAAAAAAAUAAGUAAGGCAUUAUAUACUUCACCCCGGAGUACCUGUCUUGCUCUGUUAUGUUGCUAUGUCAUGCAAGAUGGGACUAAGAUAAUUUACUUGGCGAGUUUAUGUUAAUGGAGUCUGCACUAGACUCACAUUAUUUGCUGUUUCUGAGCGAACAUUUUCCUUUAUCUCUGCAGAGUGUCUUUACUUGCACAUCGCAGCUGCAAAGGUCCAGCCACUGUUCUUACGGCUUGCUGUCUGAGCCGUGAACUCCAAAGGAGAGGUCCCCAAAAAGGGAAUUUUAAUUAGUUCAGUAGGAGGAAAAGUGGAGGAAUGUUUAUUAUUUCCAGCUGCUCACUUUGUCAGACUAAUUAUAAUAACAUAUAAAUAAAUAAUAUUUAUUAACAUAAAUAAUAACAUAGCAUCGACCUACUGUGACUUUCACCGAAAAAGCUGACCUGGGAGGUUUUUCUUCUUCUUUUUUUUUUGGUUUGUUUAUUUGCUUUGUUUUUUUGCUUUGGGUUCUUAAGGUUUUUACAGGCCUGCCAGAAGAAUGGUUUGGAGCAGAGAAAUGAGUAAUGAUGUAGGGAGCACUGUGAUGGUGAGCUCCAUGCACAGAGCCCGACUAAAUGUUGCUCAUUUCUCCCACAGUGCACAAGCCGGCAUGCAUAUUUGAAGUGGAAUGUCCUUUUCUGAGUGAAUCUAUCCCUGUAUGACAAAUGCAUCGUACUUAAUUACCCAAGAUCAUCAUGUAAACAAGUAUCCUUUGUUUAUGGCCCAAGGACGAUAUUAAGAAGAUCACGUGUAUAAGGUAUUUUGUAGCUUGUUGUAAAACCAAUACAACUUGUGUUCUGUCUCAAACAUAGUUGAAAGUAAAAAUAAUAUUAUCAAAACCAUAUGAGACUUGAUAUCCAACAUUUGUUGUUGAGUGCAGAGAUGAGAUUCUAUUUCAAUUGGAUGAAAUCUGUGAAAUCUGACUCCAUCCCUAAUAUAAAUGUUGAUGGUCUUCUUACUGUGUCCUGUGGGUUGCCAGGUUUCAGGAUUAUCAACAGAACUGUCCUUUUAUGUAAAGCCUACCUAGCAUAAAGUCAAACUACGCCUAGUGUGAGAAGUCUUCAUCGCUCUUUAUCGACAAUAUUAUUAUUUACUUAAUAGUUCUGCAUUGAGGUGAUUAUUGAAAUUACAGAGUCUAUUAUUGAUUGGAUAUAAUUUACAAAUAUCUGGUUAAAUGUAACAUGUGAAAUGUAUGGGAUUUGUUGUGAGGAUUUAAUAUCUUGUAAACUGGCAACCGGAGGCUUCAAGGGUUGGUCAUACCAGCGGUGAACAGAAGAUUCGGAGGAUGAGGUUAUUUUGCUAGCGUGUGUGGGACAGCUUUCAGUGAUAAGAAGCUGGAAAAAACUUUUCCCUGAGUUUUUCCCGAGUUUUCCUCGGCUAAUCGACUGACCAACACCACGCCGCUCCUGCUUUUUCGUGUGACUCGAAGAACGUACUUUGGAAUUUCGGAAAAGUCUUUGUCUUGCUAACUUUGCACUGAAUAUCGAGGGUAGUGCUAUUUCGGCGCUAUUUCAGGUGAACUGAAAACCUCUUUUACUCUUGGUCAGAAGGCUGACAUCACAUGAGUGAAAUGGGAAAAGAAUAGUGUUUUUCCGUUGUGAAAUGACCAGUGACCCAUCGCACUGAUCAAAUGUAUGCCACGUAAAUUCAGUUGACAACACUGAACGUUCAAGAAAUGUUCUCCAAAGUUACCGCUAAUCGCGCUGAAUAUGCAUGUUGUGCGUCAAACAAAUCCUGUAGGUUAAAUUACUGUUGGCUUGCGUAGUAAUUUUUGGAAACUUGCCUGGAAUUCUCUCUUAAUCGAAUCAGACUGGAUUUGUUUUUAUUCUGCAGAGGUAUAUUGCUUAACUGAAGGCAGUCAUGGUCUGAACGUGUUUUCAUUCUGCGGCACCAGUCAUCGGGAUUUAUUUGCUCUACAGGAACCUAAACAGCUACUGCCAGUCUUAUGACGCUUUGUUGGAUUCUUUUAUUUCUGAGAACCUCGCUGAUUUUGUAAAUAUGAGGGUGAAACGCAUGCUGGGUAUCGUUUUUUGGUGUCUGUUGGCAUGGGAGGUGUGCGCGUCAGAAAGUCUGUCCGUCGACAAGCGAGCCCACUUUAGACGCGCGAGACUAAACCGAGCCCAACGACCACCGGGCCUUCUGACGAGAGAUCCGGUGGCCACCGGAAUCACAGAUAGACGAGAGACAAUGCAGGGAGAUGAAGGCAUAAGCGCUGCUAGGACCGGCCAAACGAGGAGAGCGUUGGCACGAGACAGACCUGUGCAGCGUGGCGUCGGAAUCCAACGGGACCGUGGUAUACCCGGAGCACGCGCAGUGGUGUCCCGCAUGCCAGCAAGCGCCGGUUCCCCAAACCUGCUAGCUUCGUUUGCAGGGAAAAACCGCUUGUUGGUCAUCUCAGCUCCCCAUGAGUCAGACGGUUACUACAGACUUAUGAUGAGCUUGCUUAAGCCAGAUGUUUACUGUGAGCUGGCAGAACGGCACAUGCAGCAGAUUGUGAUGUUUCAUCAGGAAGGUGAGAUGGGAGGGAAGGUGAGACGUAUUACCAAUGAGGGCAAAGUCAUGCAGGAGCCUUUGGAUACAGCCCUUAUUCCCAGGCUCAUGAACUUCCUCAAAUUAGAAAAAGGUAAGUUUGGUAUGGUACUUUUGAAAAAGACAUUGCAGGUUGAGGAGCGCUACCCAUACCCAGUAAGACUGGAGGCCAUGUAUGAGGUCAUAGACCAAUCACCCAUGCGCAAGAUGGAGAAGAUUAGACAGAAGGGCUUUGUGCAAAAAUGUAAGGGAGCAGGGGUGGAGGGAGAGCUGGUGGAGGGUGUCCCCAGCACUGGAACCCAGGUGGACUCACCUACUGAGAGGCGACCAGAAAGAAAAGAGUUCCAUAAACCCAUUCGAAGACCCACCCAGGCCAUAUCACCUACCACAACAAGACCUACAACUACUACUUCAACCAUCCGGCCAACUACAAGCACCACAACCCAUCCACCUACCGCUCGCCCCACAACGACCACCACCCGUGCUACCACAACCUCGACACAGGCCACCACCAUCUCCCUGGCGACAGCCAAAGCUCACAAAACCCUGCAGUGGAUCCCGACCCCCAAGACCACAGUCGAGCCUUACUAUUACCACCGCAGGGACCGACACCAGUCUAAAAAAAGCUCCUUCCAGUCCACCACCCCCUCAUACUAUUACACGAAAGCCAACUCUGGAAAAUAUGGGGACAAUCGUACUGACCGAAAGGAUGAUGGUCGCAAACAGGCUGGUGUGCUGCCGAAUCGGAACAAACCCAGCAAAACUAAACCACCCAAGAAGAAGAAUGGCGACAGUGGACUGAGCAAUGCAUACGAGGACAAGCUUGAUGUUGUUAGAGCCACAGACACUUACCCCGAAGUGGCAGAGGUUGAGGUCAUUCCCACCAAGAAAGGGAAGGGCAAGCAAGACAAGGCAGAGAAAAAAAGGAAAAAGCAAAAAACCGACAAACUGGCAAAGAAAGACCCAUCGGAAAGGAGAGGACCAAUCAGAGAGGAGGACCAGUCAGAGAGGAGUGGACCAAUCAGAGAGGAGGCCCAAUCAGAGAGGAAAGGAAAGGAAGGGAAAGGCCAUAAGAAGAAUGGAAAGAAAGUUUCCAAAAACCAUGAAAAAGAAAAAGAAGAGUACCAUAAACCUACAAAGAAACCAUUUACUAAGGGAGCUCUGGCAACAUUCUUGGAGUAUUUUGAGAACAGAAGACGGCUUAUUCUGAUUACAGCUCCAACAGAAGAGAAUAGCAUGUACGUGCAACAAAAGGACGAAUACUUGGAACAUGUGUGUGAGAUGGCCAUCAGGAAAGUCUCCAUCAUCACCAUCUUUGGCAGUAUGAUCAACAGCACCAUGAAAAUUGACCAUUACCAGCUUGAGAACGACAGAGCUAUGAAAGGCUUGCGACAGGAGGACCUCGUGAACCAGGACCUCAUCACGGAUCUGAGGAAAGAGUUCGGAAUGACCUACAACGAUUUUUACAUGGUCCUCACUGAUGUGGACAUGAAGUGGAAGCAAUUCUAUGAGGUGCCAAUUGCUAUGAAGGUUGUGUUCGACUACAUCGACACAUUCUCCUCUCGUGUCCGGGACAUGGAACAGCAGAAGCGGGAUGGGGUGUCAUGUAAAAAAGAGGACAAACCACGAUCAUUGGAAAAUUUCCUGUCCAGGUUCCGCUGGAGACGCAGAUUGUUUGUGAUCUCAGCUCCCGAUGAUGAAGAGUGGGCCUAUCAACAGCAGCUCUAUGUACUAUCCAGUCAGGCUUGUAACAUGGGGCUUCGUCAUAUAUCUGUUCUGAAGCUAGUGGGCACUGUCGUGCCAGACAUGGAUGGCGUGCUGGAACUCUACCCCAUUAAUGGUACUGCAGGGGUGGAGCGGGAGGGCUUGUCUGGCACGCUCGUGAAGGAUAUCCGGAACUACUUCCAGAUCAGCCCUGAGUACUUCUCCAUGCUGCUGGUGGGCAAGGACGGCAACGUGAAGUCAUGGUACCCAUCACCCAUGUGGUCCAUGGCCAUCAUCUAUGAUCUGGUGGACUCCAUGCAGCUGCGCAGGCAGGAGAUGGCCAUCCAGCACAGCCUGGGCAUGCGUUGCCCUGAUGAAGAGUACGUUGGCUACGGCUACCCCCACGGCUACCACGAGGGCUACCAAGACGGCUAUCACCAAGGAUACGGUUACUGAAGGGUACUGGACAGUUUCAGUGUCAGUGGGCAUCCUCCAUACUUACUCUUUUAGUGUUUUUGCAUCAGUUGUUUACAGCUGGUGGUGCUGGAACAUCUCUUCACUCCUGUAGGAAUAUGACCCCUCCAUUCCUGAGGAUGUAUAGUGUUUAACACCUAUAGACAUAAUCAUUUGUAGAUAAAAGAAGAUAAACUUUUGUAUUUAUUUCAUAUUUUCUUUGAAUCACCAUUUUUGAGGAUCAAAACCUGCAUUUUGUCGAGGAAGCUUAUUUUUGUGGUUGCUACUCUAUUAUAAAGCACUGUUGCUUAUAUACUGUGUCCUUAUUUAUAAUGAUGCCAAUAAAAAUAGCCUCCUUUUA